ACUAUCCUUAUCUGGCCCGGGGUGGGGCUUCUCCCAGCCGUCCCAGGGGCUACUGGGUGGGCUAUUCGACCUUUUGGACAGACGAGUAUACGACCAAGCUGGGCUCGAUUGAGCGGCAAGUUUUCACUUAACAGUGAAGCUUCCCCCCCAAAGCUUCUCUUCCUGUCUAUCGCUUCAACCGGCGAUGGCGCCAAAACGCCGGCGCUCGAAGAACCGCAGAAAGCUUUUGAAACGAAGAGGGCCAUUGAAAUCCGUGCAGGGAGGUGAAGAGCCUGGAGAGGACGAAGGAGUUAGUCCGAUGGUAGAGAAGUACUGGUUUCAAAGGUUCGAUCUAUUCUCCAGGUAUGACGAGGGGAUAAAGAUGGACGAAGAGGGGUGGUUUUCCGUCACGCCGGAGGAAAUUGCCGCCAGGCAAGCCGACUGCUGCUGCGGCGGUGUUGUCAUUGACGGUUUUGCAGGCGUUGGGGGUAAUGCUAUUCAAUUUGCGGCGAAGUAUAAUUAUGUGAUUGCAAUUGACAUUGAUCCUAAGAAGAUUGAAAUGGCUCGACACAACGCGAAUAUAUAUGGAGUGGAAGAAUAUAUCGAUUUCCUCGUCGGGGACUUCUUCCAAUUGGCUCCUUUUUUGAAGGGAGACGUUGUGUUUCUUUCUCCCCCAUGGGGUGGUCCAACCUACAAAUUGAGAGACACUUAUGGUCUAGAGCUUCUGAAACCAAAAGACGGCUAUGCAUUGUUUCAGGCUGCACAAAACAUUACACCAAACAUCGUCAUGUACUUGCCUCGUAAUGUGGCCUUGCUUCAAGUGGAACAUCUUGCUUGGUUAUCUUCUCCCCCUCUUCCAUUUCAGAUUGAAGAAAGCAAGCUUCACGGCCAUGUGAAAGGCAUAACAGUUUAUUUUGGUGGCAUUGCAUCCUCAUGAGCCAUAGCUCAAGUUCAAUUUAUCAAAGUAAUCAAACAAGAGGGUUAAGCCAAAGUUCAGUACUUUUGAAUUUGAAACCUUUAUUUUUGUACGAAUAUUUUGAAUGUAUAUUAGCUUCUUUAUUUUGCAUAACAUUUGUAACUUGUUAAAUUUUCUCUCCCAAGUUUUUUUAAAAAGAAAAAACUACCUAGUUU